AUGAGCGGAUUCAGGCUCCUCAAGCGGGUGUUCGCUGCCAUGAUGGACGACAACGAAGAUGGGGUCACUCUUAAUCGGGAUGGGCCUGUUGAGGAAAGUGACAGCGAUGACGACACGAAUCUGGACGAAAUACUUGGGUACAUGCAGCAACUGAAACAGCAAGGUGUGAAGCUGGGCAAGAAGAAGAAGAAGAAGAAGAAGAAGAAGAAGAAGAAGAAGAAGAAGAAGAAGAAGAAGAAGAAGAAGAAGAAGAAGAAGAAGAAGAAGAAGAAGAAGAAGAAGAAGAAGAACAGCAAGAGCAGCGACAACACUGCUGGCCCGUCAACCUUACCCAGUCGUGAGGUUGCUGCUGACGCCGCGGCGGGAACUACGCAUGCUACUAUGAUGGCCGAUGCACCUACCGCUGAACCUGCUAUUACCGCCGCAUCGAUCGUUCCUACGCCUCUCACAGCAAAUGCAACAACUGCUGCCGUUGCAAACACUGCUGUGUCAACACUUGGCGGACCCGCGACUACGGAACUUACCGGACGCGUCGCUGCAUCGGUCACCAACCCUGUGCCUGUCUCGGCCCCAUCGGUGGCCCUUGCAGCGGACGAGGUUACCGCAGGUGCUGACGCUUCCGCUAUCACCGCCACAGCCGCUGAUAACGCAACUGGCGCAACGAUUUCCGGCAGAGUGAUUGCCUCCCCGUUGGGGUUUGCAAUCCCAGUGAACCACCGCAGCGCGGACGCCGAGCUGGCAGCGCUCAACCAGCGGUGCGCUGAGGCCAUCCGGUUGAACGAGCAGCUGCUGCAGGAUCUGGCCGCCGCCCAGGGUACGGCAGUCAUCGGUGCCGUGCAUCCGUCUGCGCCCUCGUUCAAUAUUGAGCGGAUCCCCCGCGACGCCAACGGAGCACUCAUUAUCCCAGCCCUCGUUAGCCAUGACAAUCAUUUCGGGAGAAAGGCAACCGAGGCCAUGACGUACCUUAUGUUGGAUGCGCCGGCUCGGUCCAUGCAAUUCUACCCCGAAUGGGCAGAGUUCCGCGAGGUCGUCUGCAUGAAGUACCAGGUUGCGGGCGUUCAAUCAGACGUUUUCUACUACGUCAUCAGCAACGAUCCCAGCAAAGAGGCGCUAGCGAUGCGGAAGGUGUCGGAGAGGCGGUCGAAUGUCAACGCUGACGCCAAGAGUUAUGGCAUAGCUAACUGGCAUUUCGAUGCGACUAGAAACCGCCCGUACGCGAACCUCGCUUUCCAGCUGGCUCAUCUUCGUGGGCUUGGCAGCAAGCGUGCAACCUUUUUGCAUGUGAAGAUCCCCACUGUGGGCUAUGUGUGCUACGUGGUGGACUGGCCCCUGGUGAAUGCAAGGGGGCGCCAGACUCCGGCACUUGACACUGCAGAGGUAGUGAACCGCCAGAAUGUGGCGCAGAAGAUCGACCAGGUUGCUGCCUGGAUUAAGGCAACCUAUGACGCCGGGGAUGUGGCAAUCUGGGACUCCAGGCCCCCUGCUGGCUUCAACAUGGGCCCUAGGAUUAAGAUCCUGGUGGAGGGUUUUGAGUUGGUGAUUUUCCCUAAUGGAACCCCACCUUAA